CUCGCCGGCCGUCCUGCGGGCGGGCGGCUCGGGGCGUAGGGCCAGAGCUUGUGGCCAUGGGAAAUAGAGUUAUCAGAAUUGACUCCAGAAGAGAAAACCUGGCAGACCAGUAACAAUGGAAGAAAUUGGGAAAGUCACCAAAAAGCUGUCACCCCUCACACCACCAGGCUCAGCUGGCAUCUCAGGUUAAAAAAAGUCCUUCAUGAAGAAAGAUCUUAAGCAACAUGAUGGAUUCAGAAGCUCAUGAGAAGAGGCCACCAAUUUUAACAUCUUCAAAACAAGAACUAUCACCUCACAUUGCAAAUGUUGGUGAAAUGAAGCAUUACUUCUGUGGUUGUUGUGCAGCUUUCAACAACGUAGCGGUCACAUUUCCCAUUCAGAAGCUCCUCUUUAGGCAGCAGCUGUAUGGAAUCAAAACCCGGGAUGCAGUGCUUCAGUUGAAGAAGGAUGGAUUUCGAAACUUGUAUCGUGGAAUCCUUCCCCCAUUAAUGCAGAAAACAACUACACUGGCCCUUAUGUUUGGUCUGUAUGAGGAUUUAUCUUGCCUUCUCCGAAAGCAUGUUAGUGCUCCUGAGUUUGCAACUCGUAGUGUGGCUGCAGUACUUGCAGGGACUACAGAAGCCAUUUUCACUCCAUUAGAAAGAGUUCAGACAUUGCUUCAAGACCACAAACAUCAUGACAAAUUCACAAACACAUAUCAGGCUUUCCGGGCACUGAAAUGCCAUGGGAUUGCAGAGUAUUAUCGAGGUUUGGUGCCUAUUCUUUUCCGUAAUGGAUGCAGCAAUGUCCUUUUUUUUGGCCUUCGGGGUCCCAUUAAGGAUCAUCUCCCUACUGCAACAACUCGCAGUGCUCAUUUGGUCAAUGACUUCAUCUGUGGAGGUCUUUUGGGUGCCGUGCUGGGGUUCUUGUUUUUCCCAGUUAAUGUUGUGAAAACUCGCAUACAGUCUCAGAUUGGUGGGGAAUUUCAGUCUUUCUCCAAGGUUUUCAAAACCAUCUGGCUAGAACGGGACAGAAAACUAGCAAAUCUUUUCAGAGGUGCACAUUUGAAUUAUCAUCGGUCCCUCAUCUCUUGGGGAAUAAUCAAUGCAACUUAUGAGUUCUUGUUGAAGGUUACAUGAGAAAAGUCAUCAGUGAAGUGCCACUUGUCAACUAAAUAGACCUAAGAAGAAUGUGGUUUGGUCUUAGUUCUAAUAGGCCUAAAUACAUGUUGAUGUUAAGUCCAUACUACAGUGAAUUAUGGGCAAUGAUGUUUUUGUUAAACAUCAACAAAGAAUAAGGGGAUUCAGUAGGAAAAUGUAAGGAUUUUUGUUUUGUUUUUAAUCAUUACCCAAGAGAUUUAAGCUAAUUGGCAAAAAGAUAUCUAUCUGAUUGCUUUUGAAAGGGUAAUUUAAUGGCCAAGAUAUGGUUCAUUUUUCUUCUGAAAUAGCUUUUAAGCCUUCCCUAUUGAAAUAUAAUGACCUUGAGCAGCCAGAGGAAAUGCUCUUAACACCUGUGACUUCUCAGGCUUCCUCAAGGUGUUACUCCAUUUCUUUGCUCUGAGGAAUACCUGCAGAAGGUUCAUUAAACUCAAAUAUGGUAGAACAGAGAAGAAAAACAGCUUAGUCUUAGGCCAUUUUGUGAUGAUUAUGUUGGUAUUAGUUAAGCACUUGUUCAGAUACUUAUCUAGACUGUUUUAAUUUGGUAGAAUCAACCAACUAAUAAAAGUUCCCAUUUUGCUAUCUA